GAAUAAUCUCUUUAUGUAAUUAUGUAUACAUUUCUAAUUUUUCAAACUGCGUUAUUUUCGAUCUUGAGACGUAGUUUUUUUAAUUUAACGUGAAUAGAAAUAUCACAAUUAAAUUAGUAAUCAUUUUAAUAAUACUCAAAUAGAAAAAUUGUGAAAUAAAUACACUAUUAUUGCAUGUCUCUAUUUACCUCAAUUUCGUAAUAAUUGUUGCAAAAUGAUGCUACAAAACGCAUUUGUUUUGCUAAAAACAAAUUUUGUAAUUAUAAGGUGUAAAUGUUGAAAAACUUGUAAAAGAAAUUACUUUGCGUAAUUAUUACGACAUUGUAUUGAGAAAUAAAUUUAUAUUUAUUUGCGUAAUUAUGACAUUGUAUUAUAAAAUGUAAAAAAUUUUAAUUAGUUUUUUAAUUAGAUAUUGUACUAGUUAUUAUACAAUAAUUUGAAGAAACUUUUAUUCAUAAAUAAAAGUUGACUUAUUAUACAGGUAUUAUGCAAUAUAGAACUUAUAUUGAAUUCUUUAAUAAUACAAUUAACCAUUUAAAAAACUACUAGGUAUAAAGUUAUUUAAAUCGGAAUAUCUUCGUAACAGUUAAUUUCAGACGAUAGUUAACAUUGCAAUCAUUAAAUAAGGAAUACUAAGGAAAACAUAUGACUGUGAUACGGGAGGGGUUGGGUGUUAUAUUGCGUUCGGAAUGGUUAGUAACGGAGUGGUACGCAGUGAAAAAUUAGAAAAUGUAUAUAAAAUCACGUAAGAAAUAUUAUUAACCAUUAACAUCCCGCUAUGUUCGUUGGCCUUCUCUAGAUUUAAAUUAAAGCAGAAAAAAUUUUAAAAUUAGUACUUAAUGUUUUGACUUGUCGACGUAAUUGGAUUAUUCGUUAUCAAAACGUGAAUCGAAGGUUCCAAUUCGUUCUGAUAACAAAACGAUGACUUGAUUUAUUUUAUUCAGCCGCCACGAUUGCAGCAUAACUCGAACUUAGAAUAAAAAUAUUAGAUGCAGUAUCUGUAUGUUUCCUUCAAUUGAGAAAUAAUAAAUAAACGAUAAGCUACAGUCGCGAUAGCGUCAGCAUGUUACAGGCAACGCAUAUUGAUACGUGCGUCAUCAUUGCAUAUAUUCAUUCGCUCGGGCGAUUUAAUUACCGUCUCUGUAAAAUAAUUCAGAAUCUUAUAAGGAGAAUAGCUAUUUUGCAGCAAUCAAUUUUGACGAAUCUAGAUUACCCCGAAGCAAUUGCCUUUUUUUCGAUUACUGCCUCACGUUAAAUAAGUCUCCGGCUACCGGAACAACCUGUUCCAUAUCAUCAAGGCAUAAACUUCUGUCGUCGUUCGUUACGUGUGAUAAUAUUCGCGCGAACGCGUAGGUGGACGGCCCGGCGCGUAUCAAGCGUGCGGUGAUGGGCGAAGACGCACCCUUUUUUUUUAAAGAAAUUCGGAGGCUUACGGCGAACCAUCGUCGCUCGUUCCGAUGGCGUAGGUCGGGCUGACAAGAGACUGAUGAGCCGAGUUGAAAUCUCGCGUAAAUCUCUAUCGUAUAAUACGCGCGUAACGCACGCACACGCGCACUCCGUGCGGCUGUAGUGGUGCUCUGCACGCGCGCACGCGUAGCAAAGCGAGGGAGUCUCGAAGGCGGUCUCCAGUUUGGGUUAAGCGCUCAUCGAAGAGAGAAUACACAUCUCACUCCGUGUUUCGGUCCCCAAUUGCGCCGUUUCUCCGUUUCCCCCCCGAGUCACCCUGGGUUUGACACGCCGAGGUUUCGGCUUCCGGCUUAAAGCACCACCCACGCGGUCGCCGUAUCUAUGGGGAGUGCGUACUCUAAAGGACUUCCGUUCUCCAACAAUGUGAAUCUGCUGUCACUUUGAAAUUGAUCUCAGUCAGGAUUACGGGGAAAAUCGACAGGAAAAAUUCGAAAAAUCUAAGAGCGAUAUGCAAAUCUAGAUCGGAAAUAAAGGAAGAAGGAAUAAAAAUGUGGGGUUCGUUUGGUGUUCUAUUAUGUAUUACGUGAUGAUGCGUAUAAUGUAAAACAAAGAAAAAGAAGAGAAAAAAAAAGAGCGGGAGAGAGAUGCUAUAAUUUAUUAACGUCGCGACAAUCACGGCAAUUCCUCGAUUUUUUUAUAAGACUUCGGUCCAUCACCCAAAUCCAUUGCGGCAUUUAUAAGAGCGGUAAUAUCUCUCUCGCUAAAGUAAUGCCGAUGCAAUUAGCAUGUUGAUGGUAAUUGCCGCUUUGUAGCAAGAAAGAAGAAAGAGUGCAAAGUGCGAUAAACAAGUGCGAAGAAUUAUUUUCUCUAACCAAGGAAGGUGGUUCCGUCCAUUCGUUAUUGUUUAUUUGUACUGACACACGAGAUACGUACGAAGGAUGCCGAGGAAAAGAGGUCUCUCCUUUCCCGAAACGCGAACAGAUUUACCAGUGAGCGCAUCUUAUCAACACCAAUUAGACAUAGCGCAAUUGUCUCCAAAUCACGGAAGACCCGAGAUCACAGAAUGCAAGGAUUAUCCGCAGAUUUGCGGAAAGGAAGCGGCCUGCCGCAGCUUUGCAGAUAACACGUCGAAGUGCGUGUGUCCUCAUGACUUGUCGCCGCCAACAGCGGACUUAAGAUGUCCGAAUCGUGUAACCGUUCCUCUAACUCCUCGUCCUAUACAUAAUAUAAUACCUCCAAGUGGCAACAACAGCACAAAUAAUACAAACACGCUUCCGGAAGCUGAGCAGGUGGAGGGAUUGAAAUACAGAGUACCUGAAAUUGUAGGAAUAACCGUAGCUUUUGUUACGGUAAUUGUGUUCUUACUGAGCGUCGUAUAUUGCGUGAGAAGGCGGAGUUACAACAUGAAGUCGCAAAGAAGUCCUGCAGACGGAACUCCAAUAAAUCUAAAAAAAGGACUUUUAUUAUCGCAUAAGUAUACAUCUAAUCCUCAAUAUUUUACCUGCAAUUCUUCGGGAGUUCCAAUAAUACAACGUGAAAGUCUUAUAUUUCUACACGACCUUGGCGAAGGAUGUUUUGGAAAGGUUUACAAAGGCGAAUGGCACAAUGGUGACACAAAGGAAUUUGUCGCUAUAAAGGUUCUAAAGGAUACCGCCACACCUGAAACCGAACAGGACUUUAUGCGCGAAGUGGACAUCAUGUCCACGUUCAGUCAUGCAAACAUUUUGUCUCUGAAGGGCAUGGUACUUCGAGAUAGGACCGACAAUCCAUGGAUGGUGUUUGAAUAUAUGCCAUAUGGUGAUCUCACCGAGGUACUACGAUCGAACUCUCCGCGAUUCAGAUCGUCUAAAUCUGGACUAGAGCCAUUAACGAAGGACUCGCUACAUUGGAUCUCGAUACAAAUUGCGACUGGCAUGACGUAUUUGUCGGAGCAAAGAUUCGUGCAUCGUGAUCUCGCGUGUCGAAACUGUUUGGUAGGCUCAGGCUUAACAGUAAAAAUCGCUGACUUUGGCAUGUCACGAGAUAUUUACACUUGCGACUAUUACAAGAUUGGAGGAUCACGUAUGUUACCAGUACGGUGGAUGUCGCCGGAAAGUUUAGUUUACGGACGUUUCACCUUAGAGACCGACGUAUGGAGCUUUGGCGUUGUCCUCUGGGAAAUUUAUUCAUUUGGAAAGCAGCCGUAUUAUGGAUUUAGUAACACAGAGGUCAGACACGCAAGAAAUAUGUUAAAAUUUUUCUCUCGUCAACUCUACCGGAAACUCAAAUGUGUUUCUCGACGAUUGUUCCAGGCCAUAGGACUCAUAAUUCAAGAUACAAUCCUCAUUCCGCCGGACGAAUGUCCGCCCAAUAUUUGUCAAAUAAUGUACGAUUGCUGGAAGAAGGACCCGCGGGAACGAAUCAAGUUUCCCGAUAUUCUGGAGAGGCUGAUGAAGUUGCAAAACGAAUUGAACCGGCAAGAGACGUUGCCCAGGCCGCCGCAAGGUCCAGUGCUGCUGCGUACACCGGAUGUAUUGGAUCCGGACGGCUACCUGCUUCCGGCUCCUGCGAUCCCCCGCGAGUAUCUGGAGACCCUUCCAGUUUCCGACUGAUGAUUUGUAACAGUGAAAGGACCUCUAAAAAAAAUCUCAAUUUUCGAAAACAUGCUGCGCGAGUGAAAUGAUAUGUGUUGCAAUGUGCGUGGAAGAUAAACGGAAUAAAUGUGAAGUUUAUCAAACUCCUGUGUAAGAAAACUUCUUUCUCGUGUAAUAGGCUCAAAAGUCUAUUAAAAAUUUUUUUUCUCUUACUGUAUAUAUCUAUGAUGCACAUAUAGAUUAUGUACAGACAUGCGGGACCUACAAUUUAACGCCAGUUCCGAACGGGUAGGCUAGAGAGAUCUAUGAGCAUAGAAUACUCCUAUAGCCUGCCAUUCCAUCAAAGAGGAAAAGAAACGUGUAACAAUUAAUUUGGUUUUGGCUGGGUACCCAGGACCUUUGUAACAGACCAAUGCGUUGCCCACUACACCAUGCUCGCCUCAAAGAACUUAAAAUUAAUAUUAUUAUUAUUAAGUUCCGGUUGUGAAACACACAGCAUUUUAUAUAUAACAACAUUGAAGAUGACAAGUUAAAAGUAUAUGGUUCUCUAUUUAUUUGAGACUAUUUUGUUAUCUAAUUAUUCUGAUAGAAUAAUAACAUAACAAAUUGCACAUUUUGUCAAGCAUCUAUAUAUAUAUAUAUAUAUCUAUAUAUAUAUAUAUAUAGAGAGUGAACAACAUUUUUAUGGCAGAUGCUUCGACAAGUUUGAAAUUGAAUUCUGCAGUUUCUCAAUAUAUAUUGUAUA